UCUCCUAGCAGCCACGGUGGCGCUGCGAGUGGCUCUCAUGCCGCGCCAGCUGCAAGCCUACCUGGACAUGGCGCAGCGCCGCCUGGACGCCGUGCGCAAGGAGGCUGGGAGGAUCACCAACAUCGACCUGCAGAAGAAGGUGUUAUACUAGUGUCCUUACAGCAUGACAGUGGCUGCCUGGCUCUCCUAGCAGCCACGGUGGCGCUGCGAGUGGCUCUCAUGCCGCGCCAGCUGCAAGCCUACCUGGACAUGGCGCAGCGCCGCCUGGACGCCGUGCGCAAGGAGGCUGGGAGGAUCACCAACAUCGACCUGCAGAAGAAGGUGGCCUCAGUAUUCUACUACCUCUGCGUAGUAGCUCUCCAGUACAUCUGCCCGCUCGUCAUGAGCCUGUACCUCGCGCUCAUGUACAAGACGCUCGGCGGCUACUCCUGGGCCGCCGUGUUCUAUGAGACUGUACGGAACGGGACUGAGAGCGUUAUAAUACCAGACCCACAUCUGUAGCAUUACCAUGAGUUUAAACGUGCUCGCUAGUGAAUGCUAAAAAAAUCCUAUGUUGAUUUUGUGUCUUAGGGGCACUACGAAUUGUCACAUGUCAUGACAUUUAUUUACACUGACGCUAGCAAUACGUUUAAUGUAAACUCAUUACUCGUGGUAAGCGUACUGGUGUAACCUCACCGUUCCGAUAGGAUAGUCAGCUAUCUUCAAAUGCAACGAUAAACAUAAAACAUUCCACCAGCUCGCACUGAGCGUUUCGAUAACUCUUUUAUAAGGCGAACAGCUAGGGACUGGAAUCCGCUGUCUUUCUCGAACAUUAUGAUUUUUUCAAGUUGAGAGUGAAUAGGCACUUACAGACUCCUAGAAUGCAUCUCACUUCACACCAGGUGCGAUUGCAGUCAAAUAACUGCCUUAUUAUGCAUAAAAGUAAAUCUCAAUCAAAAAACAAAUGAAAAAUCAUAUUCUACAGGUGGCCUCAGUAUUCUACUACCUCUGUGUAGUAGCUCUCCAGUACAUCUGCCCGCUCGUCAUGAGCCUGUACCUCGCGCUCAUGUACAAGACGCUCGGCGGCUACUCCUGGGCCGCCGUGUUCUAUGAGACUGUACGGAACGAUACUGAGAGCGUUAUUAUACC